AUGGGCGAUGUAGUGAGUUUGUUUUCUGUAAUAAUAAUGAAGUUUAAAUCAAAGAUUUAUCAAAGUAAUCUUUAUUUUCACUGUGAGUUUCCCUGGGAGAAGCUGAAGUCUAUUAAAUGGAAAAACGAAAGAGCUACAUCUAACAAAGCUUAUAUUCCCACCAAAGUGGAAAAUGUAGCUAAUGUUUGUACACAUGCCCUUUGUGUUGCGCCUGCAUCUUUUGGUGCCAGGGAACUGCUCACUCGCUCCAUAAACGCACCACAAGCAAUAGCAGCAAUUGUCUAUGGGCUCGCUCUCUGUCUUCUUUUUGCAGUUUCCACAACUUUCCACUCUGUGUGCUGUUGUGGUUCUGAUACCAAAAUGAAGCACUUCCUUCACCGAUGCGAUCGAGCAAUGAUCUAUAUAUUCAUUGCGAGCUCGUACUUCCCCUGGUUGACGGUUGGGACACUCUCCUGUUGGAUGCUGAGGGAAUUAAGAUGGGCGAUAUGGUUACUAGCGAUUCUUGGCAUCACCUACCAACAAAUCUUCCAUGAGCGGUACAAGAUGCUGGAGCUAUUGCUGUAUCUUAUCAUGGGGCUGGGUCCUGCUGUCGUCAUUUUCACGUCUAAUCACCAGUUUCCAGCGAUGCACGAUCUCAAACUCGGCGGUAUGUUGUACCUAAUAGGAGUGUUCUUCUUCAAAUCAGACGGACGUAUACCAUUUGCCCAUGCUAUAUGGCAUUUGUUCGUCGCUUUAGCCGCCAGCGUACACUAUCUGGCGAUACUGCGACACCUCUUCCCCGAACUCAAAACCCAAUAA